AUAGAGCUCGUUCUGGUUUGGAAGGAUAAGUGAUGUGAUUGCUAAUGCCGGGCAGCUGCGUGAUUUCUGAUGCCGUGCAGCUGCUUAAUUAUUUGCACGUGCUCCUCCCAAACUUUGUUAAUAAAACAUCAUGAUAAGACAUAGAAGGCAUUAGAGAUCAAAAGAAUAUGGAGUGGAGAACCAUUCCUGAAUAUGGAGAACCAUAAGGCUGUUCUAUGUAAAACAGGGGAAGGUUACAGAUUUUUUUCGCCUGUACCUUGCAUCGUGAGAAAUGGUGACAUGCUGUAGGACUACAAGGUUACUCUGUACAUUAUAAACAUUUCAUUUUAUAAUAUUAUGUUCUUAUGUACAUUUUAUAGCCUAUAAUCCAUGUAGCACAUAGCUCAUUAUGUUCAUUUUUCUUAAAUGGACAAUGUUUAGAAUUGUCACGAUUGCUGUUCUAUUAUUAGGGUAAAAGUGUAUACACGCACAUACAGUAUAUAUAAUAUAAAAUAUGUAUAUAUAUAUGUGUGUGUGUAUUCACUUUAUAUAAGUGGUGGGCAUAGAUUCAUUUUUUUAAUCUAGAUUAAAAUGGCUCAUUUGAAUUCUGCCGAAGGCUUUCAGAAUAUGCAGAAUAUGUGUGCUACCCAAAUAAUGACUAAAAACAAGUCUUUGAGAACGGGUUUCUCAAGCCAGGUGGCGCAUUAGACCAGGGGCUCAUCAGCAAAAUGCAUCAUAAACUGCUUGAGAAAGCUGUUCUUCUUUGAUAAUUGGUGAUGAAAAAAAUUAUGUUCAACUCAACUUUAUUCAUAUAGCGCUUUUUACAAUUUUCAUUGUUACAAAAUAGCUGUACAUGAGACACAUUGAAUACUAGUAAAACAACUAAAGGCAUAUACCUGUAAAAACAAGAAAAAGGUGAAAACAACAAAGACAGACAUACAAAUGCUCCACACACACAAUAUGCAUGCAUACUUACACAUAUUGACAUAGACGCACACACACACAAACACACUCGCACACACACACACAGUGAAAUCACACAUUUGAGGUAAAGGAGAGAGAACCACAGGUCAAAUAUUAAACGGACUAUAAAUUCUUAUAUGCAAUAUUAACUUCUGAAUUCUAAAGCAGCCCCCCCGGCCAGGCAAAUAGUGCAAAACAAUAUGCAAACGGUGGCGAGGAACCCAAAACUCCAAUCGAGAAAAAAAACCUCAGGAGAACCCAGGCCCAACCAGGGGAUUCCAGUUCCCCUCUGGCAAAAGCUGCUGCCUCUGCACAAGCUCAACAGUGCUUGCACAACAAGGCUAAAUGAAAAAUAAAUAAACUUAACAAGGUAAAUUAUAGAUUUAAGAUUAUCAUUAACAAUCUAAUAGCAUUUGAAAUGUUGUAGGAAAAUCGUGUCAAGUUGCCGCGUCCUUUAUCCAGCUCUUUCAUCUCAGCUCUUGUCAGGUCACCGCUUCCCAUUCUCAGCUCUGCCAUCAGGUCUGGGCAUGAACUGCAUCCUGCGGUAACCUUGGAACAAAGAGACAAGACUGGCUGAGAGUAGAGUACUGUUCUGCACUCUUUGAUGCAACAAGUACAUCAUUUGUUGUUGGAUGUGUUCCUGGUUCCGGUUGAUCUAAAUAAUGCAGCCUAGAUCCUCUGAGGACUAAUAUUAUGGAAGUGUAUGCAAGAUUAAAAAGACGCGUCUUUAGUCUAGAUUUAAACUGACAGAGUGUGUCUGCCUCCUGGACAGUGCAUGGAAGAAUAUUCCAAAGAUUAGGCGCUAGGUAAGAAAAGGAUCUACCACCUGCACUUGAUUUUGAAAUUCUAGGUAUUACCAACUGACAGGACGCCUGAGAGCGUAAUGCACGUGGAGGACUGUAAUACAAUAGAAGUUCAUUCAAAUACUGCGGCGCUAGACCAUGUUGGGCUUUAUAGGUAAUAAGCAAGAUCUUAAAGUUAAUGCGAUGCUUUAUAGGUAACCAGUGCAAGGUUGAGAAUCUUUUUUGUACAUGUAAGAACUCGAGCUGCCGCGUUUUGAACCAGUUGCAGUUUUUGUAAAAGGCCUGCAGGGCAACCACCUAAAAGUGCAUUACAGUAAUCUAAUCUUGAUGUCAUGAAUGCAUGAAUUCAUUUCUCUGAAUCUGACAGUGACAGCAUAUGACGUAGUUUAGAUAUAUUCUUAAAAGAAAAAAUGCAAUUUUACAGGUAUUGGCGACAUGGCUCUCAAAUGACAGAGUACUAUCGAAUACAACGCCAAGAUUCUUAGCUAACGCCAAGAUUUUAUGGAGCAUUCAUCAAUAGCUAAGCAGUAUUCUUGGUUGUUACGUAUUGCGGUUUUCGGUCCAGUAAGUAACACUUCUGUUUUGUCCGAGUUCAGUAAUAAAAAAUUGUUACUCAUCCAGUUUUUUAAAUCGACAAUGCAUUCCUUUAUUCGAUGGAACUGCUGGGUUUCAUGAGGCUUCGAUGAAAUAUAAAGUUGAGUAUCAUCAGCAUAACAGUGAAAGCUAAUUCUGUGUCGCUCUAUUACAUCUCCUAGAGGUAGCAUGUAUAAUGCGAAGAGCAGAGGCCCCAAGACUGAGCCCUGUGGUACACCGUACUGGACUUGCGAUUUGCGGGACAUCUCAUUGUUUAUUGCUAGAAAAUUGAAAAUGGUCGGAUAAAUAAGACUUAAACCAUUUCAAUGCUAUUCCGGUAAUGCCGACAUAAUUGUCGAGUCUAUGUAGGAGUAUGCUGUGGUCAAUUGUGUCAAAUUUAGCCCUAAGGUCUAGCAGCACCAAUAACGAAAUACAACCUCGGUCAGAUGCUAAAAGCAGAUCAUUUGUAACUCUGAUCAAUAUAUUUGUCGCUGUUGUCGUCAGUUUGAAUUAUAAGUUUUGAUCGAUUAAUGUGAUUUUUGAAUAACAAUAACUUGUCUUUAUGCUUUUCUGCAUAUUCUUUCUUAUUUUAGUUAUGUAUACAGUAUGUGAUGCUUAGAGUAUCACUCUGUGUGCAAUGAUUUUUUUUACCUGUGAAUAUGAACAAAUCCCAGAUGAGUCACACCUUACAGACACACCUGUUUUGCGUAGACCUCUCACACAAAGAGCCACUAAACUAUUUAGGUUCUUCAUUCUAGAGAAAACAAAACUUAACUGCAGUCAGUUCAUCUCUGUCAGUUUGUAAAUAUACAGGGAAAUGGCAGAAGGCGUUUUUUUUCAGAACCAGGUCAGAUGUUCAAUAUGUCUGGAUGUACCUUCAGAUCCAGUGAACUUUCUCUGUGGACACAGUUACUGUAUAUGCUGUAUUCAAGACUCUUGGAAUGAUUUGACAGGAGGCUUCAGCUGCCCUCAGUGCCAACACACUCCAGGACCCGCUUUCGAAAACACUGUGUUUGAUGAAGUUUUGGAUGGACUACACACAAUGAAUCUCCAAAGUGCUCGUCUUGUUCAAAGUAACACUGAAUCUGAAGCUGUUGAGUGUGACGUCUGUACUGGGAAGAAAAACAAAGCUGUCAAGUCCUGUCUGAAGUGUCUGAAGUCUUACUGUCAGAAUCAUCUUCGACUGCAUGAAAUGUUUUUCCAAUCUAACAAGCACAGUUUGAUAAAUCCCACUAGACAACUCAAUGAGACGAUAUGCUCAAAACAUAGAAGACAUCUGGAAAUCUUCUGCCGCACAGACCAGCAGUGUAUAUGUUGUCUGUGUUUGACGGAAGAACAUACAAAUCAUGAAAUUGUAGCAGCUGAAGCAGAGAGGACCGAGAAACAGAGGCAUUUGAGAGAGACACAAAGAAAUGUUCAGCAGAGAAUCCAGGAGAGGGAGAAGGAACUUCUGGAGCUAAGAAAGGUUGCAGAGUCUUAUAAGCACUCUGCACAGACAGCAGUGGAGGACAGUGAGAGGAUCUUUAUUGAGCUGAUCCGCUCCAUCGAGAGACAUCGCUCUGAGGUGACAAAGCUGAUCAGAGCUCAGGAACAGGCUGCAGUGAGUCAAGCUGAAAGUCUCUGGCAGCAACUACACCAGGAGAUUGUCGAUCUGAAGAGGAGAAACACUGAACUGGAGCAGCUGUCACACACAGACAAUCUCAUUCAAUUCCUGCAGAGUUUCCAGUCGGUCUCUGCAGCUCUUGAAUCUCCAGUCUCACACAACAUUACGGUCAGUCCUCUGCUCUCUUUUGAUGAUGUGAGAAAAUCUGUCUCUCAACUAAAAGAAAAACUGGAGAACUUCUUUAAGGAAGAGACAGAAAGGAUAUCUGAUAGAGUUACACAUAUCAUAUUUAUUCGCCCUAAUGAACCCAAGACCAGAAAGGAGUUCUUACAAUAUUUCCGUCAGUUUACAUUGGAUUCGAACACAGUGAAUCGCUGUCUCCUUCUGUCUGAUGGGGACAGAAAAGCUACUGACACUAAUAUUCAUCAGCAAUAUCCUGAUCAUCCAGAGAGAUUUGAAUACUGUGCUCAGGUGUUGGGUAAAGAGAGUGUGAAUGGAUGUUGUUACUGGGAGGUUGAGUGGAGUGGGAAUGCUGGUGUGUAUAUAUCAGUGGCAUAUAAGACUAUCAGCAGGAAGAGUAAUGAAGAUGAGAGUUCAUUUGAACGCAGUAAUCAGUCCUGGGGUGUGUACUGCCGUCCCUCCAGUAUCUCCCCUUUAUCCAUCCAACCCUCUCUACUGAAUUUCAAAUUACCUGUAAUGUUGGCCAAUGUGAACACUGGAUUCGAUACUAAUCUAUUUCAAGCUUUAGUCAGUCAACCAACAUGGACAGGUGGGCAGUCUAUAUCUGUGCGUAAUAGUACAUCGGCUGAUUUCCCUGUGUCCUCCAGCAGUUCUAGAAUAGGAGUAUAUGUGGAUCAAAGAGCAGAAACUCUGUCCUUCUACAGCAUCUCUGACACAAUGACACUCAUCCACAGUAUUCAGACCACAUUCUCUCAACCUCUCUAUCCUGGGUUUACUGUGUAUAAAGGAUCUACAGUUACACUGUAUAAUCCCACAAAAUAGAACUUUUUCUAUUUUGAAACGAGAUUUUACAACUAUUAUGUUAAGAGCUUUACUGUAUGCUUUUAUUUGAUUUUACAAAUGUAUUUUUUUUAUUGGAUUUGGUCUUAAAUUACUCUAUCAAGACUGUCACCUAGAUUAACACAAUAUGGUCUUUAUUGUAUCAUUUAAUAGCUCUUUCCGAUAUUACUUGGGCAUCGAUUUAAAAUCCAUUAAAUUUUCCAUUGUGUUU